AUGGCUCUGACUUCGUGGAAAGCGUUCAACUUCUUCGAAGUAUCUCCGGUGAAGCUUCCCGAAGACAGCUCAACCCUCUUCAAUUCCGAGGUCUCUUGUUUAUGCUCCGGCUCUGCGAAUCUCUUUCUUGGUACAGCCGACGGGUUCGUCCACACCGUUUCUUCGUCCUUCAAGGUCGUACAGUCUUUCAAAGCGUCGGAUAAUGGAUCGAUCACGCAUAUCAAGCAGGUGGAAGGGACAUCGCUUCUCAUAACAAUAGCGGAGGACUUGCUGAACGAGCCGAUAUUGAAGGUCUGGGCGCUCGACAAGCCCGAGAAGAAAACGGGGACUCCGCGCUGUCUGUCAACAACAUCAGUGCAGAACGCGAGGAGGCUAUUUCCGGUUUCCGCAUUCGCAGCGCUCGGAGACCUGUCCCAAGUCGCAGUUGGUUUCGGCAAUGGCUCCGUCGCAAUUAUUCGAGGCGACCUGAUACACGACCGGGGUGCGCGACAACGCAUCGUCUUUGAAUCGGAGGAACCUAUCACUGGACUCGAGGUACAAAGUGGGCCGGUGACCACCCUCUAUAUAUCUACCACCAACCGGAUUCUGGCGCUGGUGAUCUCCGGUCGUGGACAGGGACAACCAGCACGGGUACUAGAAGACACAGGGUGCGGCCUUGGCUGUAUGACUCUGGACAAAGACAGCGGCGAUGUUCUUGUUGCUAGGGAGGACGCAAUAUAUACGUAUGGUCCUCAUGGACGUGGACAAAGCUACGCUUUCGAGAGCCCCAAGAGCUCUAUCAACAUUUUCAAAGACUACGUUACGUUGGUCUGCCCACCCAGAGGUGGCGCACCCGGUUCAACUGGGCUACAGACCCUUGGAGUCGGUAGAGAUGAAAUAUUCAGUACCGCCACUUUCACUCUCUUAGAUACCGAUCUCAAGUUCAUCGCUCAUUCAGAGGCUCUCGUGUCUUCCGUAAGACAUAUUUUCAAAGAAUGGGGCAACCUCUAUCUUCUAACUACAGAUGGAAAAAUCUAUCGGUACAGAGAGAAGAGCCUCCAGCAGAAACUGGAGAUCCUCUACCAACGAAACCUCUAUAUCCUAGCUAUCAAUUUGGCACAGAAAAUCGGGGUUGACACUUAUCAACAAAACGCCAUCUACCGCAGGUACGGAGACUAUCUGUACCAGAAAGGUGAUUACGAUACUGCAAUGCAGCAAUACUUGAGGGCCAUUGAUAAUACGGAGCCAUCUCAAGUCAUCAGAAAGUACCUCGACACCCAACGGAUUCAUAACCUAAUAGAGUACCUGGAAGAAUUACAUGACCACGACCGAGCUUCAGUAGACCACACCACAUUGCUGCUCAAUUGUUACGCGAAAUUAAAGGACACGAAGAAACUAGAUGCUUUCAUUAAAGCACCAGGUGAACUCAAGUUUGACCUUGAAACAGCCAUUGCUAUGUGCCGGCAAGGUGGCUACUAUGAGCAAGCGGCUUAUCUAGCUACGAAGUACGGCGAGAAUGACAUGGUCGUGGAUAUACUGAUUGAGGAUUCCAAGAAGUAUGCUGAAGCACUGGAAUACAUCUGGAGACUGGAGCCUGAGUUGGCCUACAAUAACCUCAUGAAAUAUGCCCGAGUGCUGCUGUCAAAUUGCCCUUCAACGACGACCGAGCUCUUUAUCGAAUACUACAAAGGAGAAUACCAACCAAGGACGCAACAAGUUGAACCACUACCGGAGCCUCAAGCGCAGCACAACAAUCCCUUACAGAGUCUGGCGGCAUUUCUUCCCUUGCCUCUGCUCCACACUGGCGGAAGUUCAAAGACAGAAACUGUCGAGCCUCAACCUGUUCCAGAGGCUCAGGAGGAACGCGCGCCAGAAUAUCAGAUACCAAAACCGCGCACAGCAUUUUCAGCUUUUGUUGGCCAACCUCAAGAAUUUAUUACUUUCUUGGAGGCCCUUAUCAGCAGAGAAAGCUUCAGAAAAGAGGAUAAAGUUGAUCUAUACACCACGCUUUUUGAAAUGUACCUCAAUGUAGCGGGACGGCAGAAAGACACUACAGAGAAGGAAAAGUGGCAGAGCAAGGCCAAAACGUUGAUUGAGGGUAAAGAUAUCCCGAUCUCCACCUCCAGCGUCUUACUUCUCUCCGAUCUGUCCGAGUUCCAGGAGGGUUCUACACUUGUCCGGGAGCAAGCUGGUCUUCGAUCCGAUAUCUUUCGAUCUUUUACUACCGCCAAGGACACACAGGGGGCUAUUCGGGCCUUGAAAAAAUACGGCCCUGAGGAACCUCAACUAUAUGUGGAUGCGCUGACAUAUUUCACAUCGAGCCCCCAAAUUCUUGAUGAAGCUGGCGAUGAGCUCGAUGUUGUCUUGAAGAGAAUUUCCGAGGAUGGCCUGAUGUCACCACUUCAGGUAAUUCAAGCGCUCAGUAACAACGCGGUUGUGACCAUGGGAAGGAUCAAGAAGUAUCUGAGUGACAACAUUGAGAGGGAACGCAAAGAGAUAUCUUCGAACCGCCGCCUCAUAUCAAGCUAUAGUGCCGAAACCGAAAACAAGAUGCAGGAGCUGGAGCAGCUGGGUUCCAAGCCCGUCGUUUUCCAGGCGCGCCGCUGUACAUCUUGCAACCGAUCCCUCGAUCUUCCUACCGUCCACUUCCUUUGCAAGCACUCGUUCCACCAGCGCUGUCUUAACACUGUAGGGGAGGAUGCGGAAUGUCCAGCCUGUGCUCCAGAGAACUCCACCAUAAAGGCAAUUCGGAGGAGACAGGUUGAGUCCGCAGACCAACAUGAUCUUUUCAAGGCAGAACUUCAGCGGUCCAAGGACCGAUACGGCGUGAUAAGCGAAUUCUUUGGGAGAGGUGUGAUGCGACCCCAAACUACUAUGGAAUAG